AUGCCUUCAGCAGCGACAUCGUCCACGGAAAAGGCAAAGACACACAAGCUGUCGCUGCGAGGUAGCUCGAAGCUGGUGACAGAGUUCUUUGAGUACUCCAUCAACACCAUCUUGUUUCARCGAGGCGUCUACCCUGCCGAGGACUUCUCGGCAGUCAAGAAGUAUGGAUUGAACAUGAUGGUCUCGCUGGACGACCAAGUCAAAGCAUACAUCAAGAAAAUCAUGGGUCAACUCAACAAAUGGAUGCAAAAGUCAAAGAUCUCGAAGCUUGUCAUUGUUGUCACGAGCAAAGAGACUGGCGAACACGUGGAGCGAUGGCAGUUCGAUGUCAACAUCUUCAAUGAGGAUGGGAAGAAGAAGCGUGGCAGUGGUUCAGCAGACAAGGAGAACUCUACGCCCGAGACUGGUGCUCAAGCCGAGAAGACCGAGGGCGAGAUCCAGGCUGAGAUCCAAGCCUUGUUCAGGCAAAUCACAGCAUCUGUGUCCUUCCUGCCCAUGCUGGAUGGCAACUGCACAUUCAACGUUCUCGUCUACGCAGAUGCCGACAGCGAGGUACCUCUGGAGUGGGGCGAUAGCGACGCGAAAGAAGUCAAAAACGCCGAAAAGGUCAUGCUGCGAAGUUUUUCGACAAACUCCCAUCGCAUAGAUACCGUGGUUUCCUACCGCCUGGCCGAAUGA